AUGACGGCCACACUCACCGACCCACCCAUCCGAACGUCGCUUCUUCUGGCUCUAACGACACAGGGUGCGCUCCUCAACGAGUUAUUCACCGCUCUCCCCUCGUCGUCCUCGGACAUUCCAGCGCUUCAUGCCUCUCUCGUACAGAGCAGUGCGCAGCUUGACGCCCUCGCUGCCGACGCGGAGGAACAUCAGCGCGCGUGGGCCGCACUACUGGCCCAGAAGGCUGAGGUAGAGGACCUGGAGAGGCGGAUACGCGCACUACUGCGCGAACUCGAGGGCGGGCGUGUCGAGCUCGAAGCACUUGUUGAUGAGGGCCGGCGCGUUAGCGAUAGCAUCGCACUCCGCGAGGACGAUCCGGUCGGCGUACCUGUGCUCCUGGCGCAGGCGCAUGCACUUGCGCGCACGACCAGCGCCCCAGUGUCCAGCUUGCUUGCGCCAGUCGACCGCGCGCAGGCUACCCCCUGGCCUAAUGAGACGCAGAUGCGCCAGGGUCUGCUGUGGCAGCUUGGCGGUAGUAUGAGUGGCAUGGGAGAUGUCGGUGUCAUCGGUCAAGAGCCGGAGAAACAAGGGGAGCGCGUCGAGGUCGUCCACGAAGAGCAGGUGCGUCGGUACAACCCCGAGGCCGUGUUCAAGCUCGACUUCAACUCGGAUGACUCGGACGACGAUUAG